AAAGUAGCGUUAGUUAACGCUUUCACGCGGCCAAUGCCGCCCAUACCCUGUGUCGCUGUCUCCCAAGCCCAGACGUCUUCAUUGCCUGUUCCUUUUUAUGACUCCGCCUGCUGCUGCAAAGGACUAAAGAGAGUCGAGACUCGAGAGACUUUCCUUUUCCUCUUCUCUACCAUUGUCUUCCCAUGGAAACCUGAAAGAACCCAGAAAAACUAUUCCUCUCCCAUCUAUUUCUGUGUCUUUGGGGGAAAUUAGUAUUAAGUAACGAACUGAAGAUAAGGAUGAAGAGAGCCACCUCAUUUCACUACAUUGCAGCUUUGUUCCUUUCUGCUAGUUUCAUCGUCUGUUCUUCCGCUCUUAAGCUUGGGCAAACAUGCGUAUCAGAUAAAAACUGUGACACGGGUUUGCACUGCGAGACGUGCCUUGCCGACGGCAACAUUAGGCCGAGGUGUACUCGGAUUCAGCCGGUGAUUCCCACAACAAAGGUGAAAGGGCUACCCUUCAAUCGGUAUUCAUGGCUGACGACGCACAACUCCUUUGCCCUUUUGGGAGCUAAGUCGACCAUUGGCUCUGUUAUUCUCUCUCCAGAGAACCAGCAAGAUACAGUCACUAAUCAGCUCAAUAAUGGUGUUAGGGGUUUGAUGCUUGAUAUGUAUGACUUCAUGAAUGACAUUUGGUUGUGUCACUCCUAUGGCGGCAACUGCUACAACUACACAGCCUUUCAACCUGCGAUUAACGUAUUGAAAGAGAUUCAAGCCUUUCUUGUUGCAAACCCAUCGGAGAUCAUCACCAUUUUUAUCGAAGACUAUGUCACUUCUCCGAAGGGAUUAACGAAGGUAUUCGAUGCUGCAGGCCUCAAUAAAUUUUGGUUUCCAGUGUCUCGGAUGCCCAAAAAUGGUGGAGAUUGGCCAACAGUUGAUGAUAUGGUAACCCGGAAUCAGCGUCUAGUGGUCUUCACCUCUAAAUCAGCUAAGGAGGCUUCAGAAGGAAUUGCAUAUGAAUGGAAUUAUGUUGUGGAGAACCAAUAUGGUAAUGGUGGGAUAAUUGCGGGUUCCUGUCCAAACCGUGCGGAAUCAUCUCCCAUGAACAGAACAACCAAAUCACUUGUUUUACAGAACUACUUCCCUGAUGCCCCAAACAUAGGGAGAGCUUGCAAAGAUAAUUCAGCUCCCCUUAUGAAUAUGAUGAACACCUGCUACAAAGCAUCUGGUAAUCGGUGGCCAAACUUUAUUGCUGUUGACUAUUACAAGAGGAGUGAAGGAGGGGGUGUCUCAGAUGCUGUAGAUGUAGCUAAUGGUCAUCUGGCAUGUGGGUGUACCACCAUUGCCUCUUGCAAGCCAAACGCAACCUUUGGAACAUGUGACACCGUAGACCCAAAGGCUGCUUCUGCACUUACUGCGGCUUCAAAUAUCAGUGCUGCGUCAUUGGAGAGAGGAGCGUUCCAACUGCGGUGGUUCACUGGGGCACUAUCAGUCACUGUUUUAUCUUCGCUACUAUGGUUAUAGGUUCUUUCAGAUUUAACCCAGAUAGAUCCUAACUCGUUGUAUCUCUUUAGAAAAGCUUCACAAGAGUCGAGAAGAGCUUCGUUUGGUUAGAAUUUAGGUGAAAGUGAAGUAGACGGAAUGAAGGGUUCAUUUCCCUGGAAACGAGUUGAAUGAAAAUAGCCAAUUGUGAAGUAAAAUUACAUUUCCUUUCA